CCCUCUCUUCUCUGCUCGCAAACUCAAGGGUUUAAGCCUUGGCCUCGCCGUCAGCAAGCCAUCGCCGCGCUGUCCGCCCUAGCCCCUCGGUUGCUUCCGCCGCCGCUGCGCCGCUCCGCUGCUUUCCCUGCCGUUGUCUUGUCUACUGUAAACUCCAGGCCCCCUAACCCAACCAAAGAAAUCGACGAUGCCGAGCUUCCCUCCGCCCGGCGCCGUCACCGUCUGCGAGAUCAACCGCGACCUCGUUGCGGCGGAUGUCCUGUCCGACGACCGCGCCAAGGACGCCUACGGCGAUGUCCUCGGGAUGGUCUUCAGCCCUAUCCCUUUCCAGCCCGAUGCUCUUCGCACCAACCGCGACCUUCCUGCUGCCGACCAAGCCGAGCCUGCUGUUGAGAGCGCACCAGCAGCUAGUUUGGCAUCCACCGUAUCCGAGUUCUUCAAACGGAUGAUCUUCCCUCCGUUAAAUCCAAAUCUGCUAGAAGAAUCUGAUACCCAGAAAGUAAGUUGGAAUCCACACAAACAUUGUUUGGCAUUUGUGUCUGCAAAGAACCAGGUUACAGUUCAUGAUUUUGAGGAUUCAGAUGGUAAAGAACCGUGCAUUUUAACAAGUGACCAUCAAACGGAUGUUAAGUCUGUUGAGUGGAGGCCAAAUAGUGGGAAGAUGAUUGCGGUUGGCUGCAAGGGUGGAAUAUGCCUCUGGUCAGCAUCAUAUCCUGGCAAUGUUCCGUUCAUGAAAUCUGGAGUCACCUCUUCUUCCUUUAGUGCCUUUCCUAGAGGUUCUGGUGGUCAGUGGAUACUAGUGGAUGUUCUUCGGGGUUCUUCUGCUGAGCAAGUUAGUGUACUUUGUUGGAAGCCUGAUGGAAGAUACUUGGCAUCCGCCUCCUGUGAUAGUCCAUCUUUCACAAUUUGGGAUGUUUCUCAAGGCUUGGGAACUCCUAUACGGCGCGGAUUAAGUAGUAUAUCAUUAGUGCGGUGGUCACCCAGUGGAGAUUACCUUCUAGCUGCUAAAUUCGAUGGAACGUUUCACUUCUGGGAGACAAGCACAUGGACGUCAGAACCCUGGUCUUCAUCUAAUGGAUAUGUGUCUGGAGCAAAUUGGGACCCAGAAGGCCAUGUUGCAUUGUUGUCCUUUUCUAACUCAACAACACUUGGCUCAAUUCACUUCUCAUCUAAGCCACCAUCUUUAGAUGCCCAUCUCCUACCAGUUGAACUUCCAGAAAUUGCGUCCCUGAUUGUUAGCCGAGGCAUAGAGAAAUUAGCAUGGGAUGCUUCAGGGGAACGUUUGGCAUUGUCGUUCAAAGAUGGAAAUGAAAUGUAUUGUGGUCUUGUUGCUGUAUAUGAUGUGAGGAGAUCUCCAAUUGUCUCACUAUCACUAGUUGGAUUCAUUAGAGGACCUGGAGAAGGAGCAAAGCCACUUGCUUUUGCUUUUCAUAACAAAUUUAAGCAAGGACCAUUGAUUUCUGUGUGUUGGAGUAGUGGCUGGUGCUGUACAUAUCCACUGAUACUUCGUUCUCAUUGACUCCUUCGUUGGAGCGUGGCAUCUCACUUGGUUCAAGACUGAAUGUUUCAAUUCUGUCGACGACUUGGUAUGCAUGCAUUGCAAAUGCAUUGCAACAUGGCUUUUUGUGAACAGGGUGCAGUUUCUAUGCGCCUAGGUGAAAUGCAAAACAUGAAUUGUAUCCUCAUGUAUGUAACAUUGUGGCUUGAGAAAUAGUGCCUAUUGCACGGAUACAGCUCCAGAUGUAUUUGCUUUGGAUGUACAUUUCCUUAUGUUGAUUGUAACAGUUUCUGUCA